AAACGAUAUGGCACCUGAGAAGCCGAACCUCUCUCUUGAGAUGCCGACUCCUAAGAAUCCCGCAGUAUCGAAGCUGAGGGAGGAGCGGUCCAAGUCGCCGGACCUAAGUCCUCAUUCAGCGCAACCUCCUGCCACUAUGCUAAGCAGAGAGUCGUCUAGGGCAUCGGUAUGGGGUCCAACGCAUGUCUUUGAAGAAGCCCAUGUUUCCUUCAUUUCCAAGUCGCCCAACCUAGAUCCGGUGGAUUCAUCUGAUGAUGAUUCCGACGACGGACUGUUCGCCGCACCGCUAGCACGCGCUGGCCCACCUACUCCCGUGAAGAACGCACCGAUUGCACGAAGCAAUUCGCGCAGUCAAAGGCCCAAUCUCACGCUCAAAACACAGCGGUCCAGGGUGGAGCUGAACAAGGUCGCAGAAAAGUCAGCGGAGCCUAGUGCAACUGGUGAUCGCGAUUCCCAGCCAAGCGAUUUCCCCCCUGAAUCGGCAGCCUCUGCAACCUGGACUGACUCUCCAGAUGAGUCGAACAAGUUCUCGCGCCGCGAAUCGUUCGCUAGCGAUGUUUGGGCCAACCGUCCGCCUGCUGAGCAACUUGUGGAUCAUCUCGACGAGCUCUUCCCCAACGUCAACCUUGACCAGCCGAUGCUCGAAGAAGAGGAGGCAGAUGCGUCUAAUAAUGCAGCGGGUGAGAAUCGCGCUACAGCAGCUGCCUUCAACGAAGGUGUAGCUCCAAGCCAGCCCCUCACCCGAGGCAAGGCUGGCUUGCAGUCUAUUGCCCAACGCAACAUGAGGAAGUCGGGCGUUGGUCUUGGGCGCACAAAGUCUAUCCGUGAAGUCGUCAAGUCACAAUAUAAGCCCCUCGAGAAGAGGCCUCUUCCAGGCCAGGUGCCUGCCGGCGCAGGACCAUCGCGGGUUGCUACACUUCGUGGCGGUGGUGAUAUUGUGAGGAGGAAGUCGACCAAGAUGUUUCACGCCAGGAUCGAGCAAGUUAAGCCACCACGGGGCUCACGACUCAUACAGCUUGAGACCAUACCUCAAGAUCACCUUCCUCUACCGUCACGCCAACCGACGUUCAAAUGGAUGAAGGGUCAACUCAUCGGCAAAGGAACAUUCGGCCGCGUCUACUUGGGUAUGAACAUCACAACCGGAGAGCUCAUUGCCGUGAAACAAGUCGAGGUCAACGCCAAAGCGGCUGGCUCCGACAAAGACAAGAUCAAGGAGCUAGUGAAGAGUUUGGACCAAGAGAUUGACACGAUGCAGCAUCUCGACCAUCCCAACAUUGUGCAAUAUCUGGGUUGCGAGCGCAAAGAAUACUCGAUUUCGAUCUUCUUGGAGUACAUCAGCGGUGGCAGUGUGGGCAGUUGUAUUCGCAAGCACGGCAAAUUUGAAGAAUCCGUCGUCUCGUCGCUGACGCGGCAAACCCUGCUCGGCCUCUCGUACCUCCACCGCGAAGGCAUCCUACACCGCGACCUGAAAGCGGACAAUAUCCUGCUCGAUCUCGACGGCACGUGCAAAAUCUCCGACUUUGGCAUCUCCAAGAAGUCGGACGACAUCUACGGCAACGACGUAACAAACAGCAUGCAAGGCUCGGUAUUCUGGAUGGCUCCGGAAGUCAUCCGUUCGCAGGGCCAAGGGUACAGCGCCAAGGUAGACAUUUGGUCCCUCGGCUGCGUGGUGCUCGAAAUGUUUGCGGGCAAGCGGCCGUGGAGCAAGGAGGAGGCCAUUGGCGCCAUUUACAAGCUCGGCUCCCUCAAUCAAGCGCCGCCUAUUCCCGAGGACGUGUCUAGGGUGAUUGGAGUCGAGGGCCUUAGUUUCAUGUACGAUUGCUUCACGAUUGAUCCGACGGAACGCCCCACGGCCGAGACCUUGCUACGUGCGCCGUUUUGCUUUAGCGAUCCGAACUAUAAUUUCUUGGAUACCGAGUUGUAUGCCAAGAUUCGGGGCGCUUUUCAGUAGUGGUUUUAGCCUUUCUUGGGUGGUUGUGUUUUCUAUUCUGUUUUCUAUUCUUUUCUUUUGUGAGUUGAGUGAAUGAGUGAGUGAGUGAGUGAGUGAGCGAGUUCUACGUAUAAAGAGGUCAUAUACCCAGUUUUUCCACGCCAAUCACAGCGACGCCUUUUCUAUCUUACGGCUGCACAGAGAGGGAUUAAGUAGUUUAUAUCGAAUGAUACCAUUUGCAUUUG